AUGGGAUAAGGAUAAUCUAAAUUUUACGCAGUGCCAGUGGGAGAGAAGAAAGAAGGAGAAAGUCAUAUCUAUCGAAAUCCAAAUAAUACAGAGAAGCUCUUGGACAACUUCGAAGGAGAAACCACAGUUUAGGGUAUUUUCUUAAGAUCUUGCCGUAAAUUUCCUAACAAUAGAUGCUUGGGUAAGCAAGUAGCCACAGGAGGGAAUAGUAGCCAUUAUGUCUACAAAACCUAUAUUGAUGUCAGAAAUGUUGCAGAAUAACUUGGGUCAGGUAUAAAGAAUUUAAACUUGAUACCAAAUCCAGUAUAAUACGAGGGAUAAGAAUUAAGAAUGAUAGGAAUAUUCUCAAAGAACAGAGAAGAAUGGCUACUCUUAGAUAUAGCCAAUACAUUGUAUGGAAAUACAAUGAUUCCUCUGUAUGACACUUUGGGAUUGGAGAGCAUUCCUUACAUUUUAGAACACACUUAGAUCUCUACAUUGUUCAUAUCAAGUUCAAUUGUUGAAACACUUCUAAAAGUUAAAGAAUACCAUGCACUUAAAAAUGUAGUUACUUUUGAUGAAUUACCAUAAGACACAAUUUAAAAGUUUGGUGAAAAAGGAAUAAAGGUAUUGAAUUACGAAGAAGUAUUGAAUGCUGGAAAGGAUAAAAUACACCCAUUUGCAGAAGUACAUGGAAACGACAUAUUCACAUUCAGUUAUACAUCAGGAACUACAGGAAUGCCAAAAGGUGUUAUGUUAAGACAUGUGAAUUUUGUAACAGUAGCAGGUGGAGUUGUUUAUCAAGGAAUUUAAUUAUAUCCUAGUGAUGUUUAUUUGAGUUAUUUACCUUUGCCCCAUGUUUUAGAGAGAGUUGUAGUAACAGCCUUACUUGGAUUCGGUUGCACAAUAUGCAUGUAUGGUGGGGACGUAUAAAAAAUUAAUGUUGAUAUUCAAUUGGUAAAACCAACUAUUUUUGUGAGUGUUCCUAGAUUGUAUAGAAGAUUAUACAAUACAAUUAAAGAAAAAGCGGAUAAAAUAACAGGAUAUCAAAAAACAUUAUUUGAAAAGGGAUUAGCAAGCAAAAUGUAUUAUUUGUAAAACGGAGGACAUGUUUAACACAAAGUUUGGGACAACUUAGUAUUCAAAAAGACUAGAGAAGCUUUUGGUGGUAGAGUCAGACUAAUGUUAUCUGGAUCAGCACCAAUGUCACCUGAAGUUGUAGAUUUCUUGAAAUGUGUUGUGUGUGUUCCAUUCCUUGAAGGAUAUGGUUAGACUGAAGGAUGUGGCGGUUCAUUCAUUAGUAGAGCUGAUGAUCCUAUUAGUGGGCAUGUCGGAGGUGUCUUCUCAAACAUCGAAUUUAAAGUUGUUGAUGUUCCAUAAAUGAACUAUUUCAGCACUGAUAAAGAUGAACAAGGAAGACCUACUCCCAGAGGAGAAAUCUGCAUUAGAGGAAAUGGAUUGUUUGCAGGAUAUUACUAAGAACCUGAAAAAACAAAGGAAAUGAUUGAUGCUGACGGCUGGAUGCAUUCUGGAGAUAUUGGAUUGAUCAGACCUGAUGGAUCUUUAAAGAUUAUUGAUAGAGUUAAAAACAUUUUUAAGUUAAGUCAAGGUGAAUAUAUUGCUCCAGAAAAAGUUGAAGGAGUCUAUUUGAAGGUCAAAGGCAUCGCAGAAGUAUUUGUUUAUGGAGACUCAACCAAAAGCUUUUGUGUAGCUAUUAUUGUUCCUGAAAAACACCUUGUUUUAGACUUAGCAAACACUUUAGGAAUCUAAGGUACAUUUGAAUAGUUGUGUGGAAAUGAUAAAGUAAAUAAGUACUUUUUUGAUGAGAUGGUUAAAUAAGGUAAAGCAGAAAAAUUGAAUGGCAUGGAAAAUGUAAAGAAGAUUUUCAUUGAACCAACCUCCUUUAUUGCUCAUGGUCUAACUAGUAACACACUUAAGGUGAUGAGACAUAAGGCAAGAGAACAUUUCCUUAAAUAAAUUGAGGAUAUGUAUAAAGGAAGCGAAUGAGUAUGAGAAUAAACAAACAAAAUACAAUAUAAUUAUGCGUUUCUUC